AUGGAAAAUAAUCAAAGAAAGUCAUCCCGCAUCGCUCGUCGCGCGGUUAAACAAGGAGCGCGUCCCUCAGUGAUCGCCGAACAAGCUGAGGUCGAAAAGUUGGAUAUUGCGUCGGCAAACCCAGACACUCAUGUCUCCAGCAGCAACGAGAAUACUCAACGCAGCCAGACUGAGGAUACAGCACCAACAGCAGCUGGACCAGCAGAGACCAGAACACGAAGCAAACGACAUGCCUGGUCAAGGGAAGAGUAUAAGGAGGUGAUUUGGGCGUACCACGAAGCAAAACGGAUUGGGAAACCCAUUGUCGGGGGAACGUUUGAGGUAUGGAGGCAGCGGAACCCCAACCUGCUGCCAACUUUGACCGCAUCGAACCUGGCCGACGUACGAAGGAACAUCGAGAAGAGGAAGUGGCUCACUGAAGUAGAGAUGGAUGAAAUUAGAAAGGAUGUCGAAAAUAACAACCAAGUAGACAGCCUGGAGGGGGAAGUCCAUCCCUCAUCCUUUGUCGAGGAGAACUCAGCACCGAAUGACGAUCAGGCUGAACCAGUCCAACAGGUAGAACCAAGAAGUGCUGAAGGCUCUAAUGAUGACAUGGAGCACAAAAUUAGGCUGAAGGUGGUGGAACUACAGUCGAUCGAAGUGAUGCAACGUAAAGGCCUGAACAAACUCAAGCACUCUAAACAGAACAGUGAGCUACUCCUAGCUGCCAAUUCGGCUCUUGCCAGGAUCUGUGAGAAGGAACACCUGAACCUCACAGAGAUCAACCAACUGAUUUAUGCGGCGGCAGCAGUAAUCUCUGGCGAAAUUAAACAAAAGCCACCGCGUAAGCCGAUGUCUAGCGAAGGACCAAAAUGGAAGAUGAGAAUCAAGAGCAAAAUCUCACUCCUACGCAAAGACAUAUCAGUAUUGGCAGAGCUGAAUAAAGGAGUCGCCUGCAGAUCUCUACACCAGAAGGCCAAUAAAAUCAAGAGUCGGCAUGGAAUAAGUGAACUAGCAGAGCUCAUCAGGACCCUCAAGAUGAAACUCCAGGCCAAGGCGCAACGACUCAGAAGGUACGCGGAACGGUCGGAUCAAUUCCACCAGAACCGGCUGUUCCGCGAAAACACAAAGAAGUUCUACAGGGACCUCAAUCAGAAGCAGAAACCUGUCAUCGAACCACCAUCUCAAUCUGACGUUGAGGACUUUUGGAGGAGCAUACUUGAAGAUGGCAGGCAUCACAACACUGAGGCCGCUUGGAUCCAACGAGAAGUCGAUGCAAAUGCAAAAAUCAAGCCUGAAAAAUGGAAAGACUUUUCUGCUGUGGAGAUCAAGAAGAUCGUAAAAAAUCUCCAAAACUGGAAGGCCCCUGGCCCAGAUAAAGUCCAUAACUUCUGGGUCAAGCACUUUGAUGCCGUGCACGAACAACUAGCACGAGCACUUAGUGAGGUCACCAGAGACCCAAGUAUUCUACCAGACUGGUUCACCACAGGAGUGACGUUCCUACUCACAAAAGGCAAGAACACAAAGGACCCAAAGAACUAUCGUCCGAUAACUUGCCUCCCAACAAUGUAUAAAGUGCUAACCGCUUUGAUCUCUGAGAGGAUGUACGCCCAUCUGCUUGGCAACGACGUCCUGCCAACUGAGCAGAAGGGAGGCAGGAAAGCAACGCGAGGAUGCAAAGAUCAACUCCUCGUUGACAAAGCGGUCAUAGAGGACGCGAAGAGAGGCAAACGCAACCUCAGCAUGGCUUGGAUAGACUACAAGAAAGCCUACGAUAGCGUCCCGCACAGUUGGAUUAUUGCAGCUAUGAAGAUCUACGGAACCUGCCCGACCAUCGUCAAGUUCCUGGAAGCAGCAAUGAAGGAGUGGAACACCGAGAUGCAGCUAUAUCACUCAGGUGGCUGCAUUAAAACUGGUAGAAUUGCCAUCAAAAGAGGAAUUUUCCAAGGCGACUCCUUGUCGCCACUGUUAUUUUGUUUGUCGCUGGUUCCCCUGACCAACAUACUAACUAGCGACAACCUCGGAUAUGUAAUGCACAAAGAGCACAGAGUCAGCCACUUACUAUACAUGGAUGACUUGAAGCUCUUCGCAAAGGAUGACGGUCAACUGGAUCAAGAGCUCGGCAUAGUCAAGACAUUCAGCGAUGACAUCCAGAUGGAGUUCGGACUGGAGAAGUGUGCUAAAGCAACUAUCAGGAAAGGCAAACUUGUAUCAGGGCCAAACGCUAAGCUGAAGGGUGAAACCGAGAUCCGGAACCUUGAUCAGGAAGAAGUCUACAAGUACCUCGGAGUAGACCAGAGCAACGGAAUACAGCACAGUCUCAUGAAGGAGAAGAUCCGGAAAGAGUAUUACCGUCGGGUCAGACUCAUCCUCGACACUGAACUCAAUGCCAAGAACAAGAUGCACGCAAUAAACAGCUUAGCCGUGCCAGUGCCGCAGUACAGCUUCGGGAUCAUCGACUGGAGAGAAAUAGAGAUCCAGGAAAUGGACAGGAAGACCCGGAAACUACUAACAAAGUACGGAGUCCUGCAUCCGAAGGCUGACAAAGACCGAAUCUAUAUCCCUAGAAGCAGUGGUGGCCGUGGACUCAUCGAGCUGGAAAGUGCAUACAAGAGUGCGAUCGUAGGCCUAAGCGAGUACAUCAAGCGAGGAGAUGACAAAUAUACUAGACUCGUAAAGAGACAUGAAUCAGAGAAGAGGAAAUACUCUCUUGUCAACAAAGGCGAUGAAUUCAAGAAGAAGUAUAUACCGCCCCAGCCCGGAGCCCAGUCAACACAGCCAAGUUUGCAAACCAUCAAGCGACAGAUGAAGGAAGCAUUGGCUGACGAGAAAAUCAACACCUACUCGUCGAAGCCUCUCCACGGUCAAUUCUACAGUCAAACAUUCGAGAAUUACGUAGAUAGAAAAUUGACCUUUGGAUGGCUUCGGAGCUCUGGGCUCAAAGGACAGACAGAGAGUCUCCUUACGGCAGCACAAGAUCAGGCGCUGAACACCAGAUACCAUCAGAGGAAGAUCUUGAAGAUGGAGGUGGACAGCAAAUGCAGACUUUGCCAGCAGCAAGAAGAGCAUGUGAGCCACAUAGUUGCUGGAUGCUCGGUACUAGCGCUAAAUGAGUACACCCAUAGGCACAACCGGAUAGCUAGCUACCUGCACUGGUCAAUUCUAAGAGAGAUUGGCCUCCCUGCAUCUGAUCAGUGGUACGAGCAUCAGCCGGAAAAAGUCGUUGAAACAGAGACAAUCACUGUGAUGUACGACAUGCCUGUUAACACAGAUCGGACCAUUGGAGCCAAUCGACCGGACAUCAUCUUCCACGACAAGGUCAAGAAAAGAUGUCUAUUGAUUGACGUGGCAGUGCCAAAUGAUGUGAAUGUAUCGUCCAAAGAAGCAGAAAAGAUCAGCAAAUACAAGGACCUGGAGAUCGAGAUUUCGCGCAUGUGGCACACUAAGACCCACGUGAUACCGGUCAAUUGGGAAGUGACGAAGAUUGACAGUGGGGCCAAGUGGGGAGGUACUGGAAGAGGCAGAAAAUAG